UAUCGAGACAAUUGGCAAAGAUGGCACUCCACCGGAAGCAGCGCGGUGUCGUGGACGCCGCCCCCCAGUACGUUCGCAUUCCGACGGUGCACGCUGGUAGUCGGCCAGUGGGAUACUCGCUGCGCGAGACGCACCCUCGCGCCCAGCGGGUCUUUGCCAAGCGCUACGCGGAGGGUGACCGGUCGCGUAAGAUCAGCUCUCUGCAGUUGCGCGCGUGCUUCGUGCUAUGCGUGCUAUUGUAUUUCGGUGCCAUCUACUUCGCGGACGACAUAGCUAACAUUGGCCGAGCAGUGGGUUCAGAACAGAGCAGCCAGAAUUUCUUCGUGCACUCGCUGCGUCCUCGCGGUAGGAGCAACGUACGAGUGGGUAGAGCAGUCGACGCGAAGAAAAUGGAGCCGACGGCUGCACCUCCCUCUGCUACUGUGGUGCUAGGAGUUGCUGAACUGAAUCCGCACGAGAAAGAUGACCCACUGAUAGCGGUACCCGUUGCUGAAAUUCAGACUGAAAUUGCGACUGCAGAAAUGGAGGAAGCGCAAGCGACGGAGCCACAAACAGAGCGAGAGGCGGGGGCAAAGCACCAGAACGCGCAAAAGGCGAUUAAUGACGCUCCAGGAGAUGCUGUACACCCGGACGAUCAGCGCGAUGACUUUCCUGUUGAUCAAACUGAAAACGCCAAGCCUGCAGGUCCAGUGCGAGGCAAAUACAUUGGUCAGGUGAAGACACUUUCAGCUGACCUUAUCAAGACGAAUGAUGGCCACACUGAAGCUCAGGAGCGACAACAAGAAGGCAUGAUUCCCACAGCCCCAAAGAAGUACGCCUCUGCAGCGAGGCCAACCGCUGCGGUCCGGCAUCCGGAGAAGGGGGAUGACGCGAUCGCUGUUCCUGUCGCGAGUCCCUCUCGUGUCAAAGAGCAACAGCGUAUUCGGAGCAACGUGGAUACAGCGAGCCAAACAUACCGGAAUCAUAAGCCAGUCGAGGAGGUCCGCCCAGCAUACAAUCAAGAAGGAAGAGGGAACCACCAACAGCCUACUGCAGCGCCUGCGCAGGCAAAGGAGAGUAUGACGCAGCACAUAGCGGGUAUUUAACUGAAUGAACUUGUAGAUACAUUUGACGCAUAUGCGGUGCCACGUGAGACCAGCCAGUUUCCUCCAUCACCCGCUGGCGGCCAGGCUGGCGGCCAGUGCACCGGAUUGUCGUCUGGUAGAACGCAGCGUGCGAUCUCGACAGAUGCCAUUACCUGCGCUCGUCACUACUCGCGCAUCGUACCUGAUUGUUGAAUGCUUGGUGACUAUCAUUUACCGCAUCGGCGUCGCAGAGUUGCAAUAGCGGCGAGCUGGUUCACGAUGAACUAUCCAAGCGCCUUCAAGACUGCGUACAUAUUCGCCUUGACGAAUCACAAGAAUUGUGUCAACUCUUAAAAGUUGGACGACGUCAAGCGGGGAGUGAGCACCUUUUGACCUGUGAACACGUCACACGAUCGAACGCCGCCAAUCCCAAGCACCAUCUACAACGGUUAGGUGUGAAGCAUAUACAACAGGGAAUAUAGUCCUACAGGUUUAGUUUUAAUUUCCUCUCUGAUUCGUCCAA